AUGCUGUUCUCACUCACUGUCGGCAAGGUUGAUGCCGGUGUAGCUGUUCUUCUCACAGAAGACAAGCGCCUCAUCGAGUUUCCCUCCAUACUCCUCCCCCCUGACAUCUCCUCGGGAUCAAUUGUUGACAUCCAAGUCUCGCGGAAUCUAUCCUCCGAGAAGGCCGCAGCGAACGCCUUCCAAGCUCUCCAAAACCACAUCUACGAAACGUUUGGAAACGCGACCCCCAAAGCCCCCGUCCUCCGCUGCCGCAAUGCCACACAGACAUCCGUUGUAUUGGAGUGGGAUCCCAUCGAUCUUGCCACGGCGGAGCUGCGCAGCCUGAGCUUGUAUCGCAACGGAAGCAAGGCAGGCAACAUUCCGCGCCCGUUCGAGAUGCAGAGUACAAAAAUCAGCGGGUUGGCCGUAGACACGGAAUACACUUUCCAUCUGCAACUACGGACGAGCGCCGGUGUAUACAAUAGCGAGAAACUGACCGUCCGAACGCACAAGAUGACCGACGUUAGCGGCAUCACAAUCACGCCAGGUAUCAUUCCCUCACAAUUGAAGGAGAGUCUGGCAGAAACCGUGGAGAGGAUCGGAGCCAAGUUGAUCGACUCCGUGCGGAUAGACACCACCCACUUCGUUUGCACCGAAGGGCGUGGUCAGGCAUGGGAGAAGGCGGUGGAGAUGAAUAUCCCCGUCGUGGUCCCAGACUGGAUCAAAGGAUGCGAAAGAGAAGGCAGGAUUGUCGGGGUUAGGGGGUACUAUCUCAAUGCAGACCCAAGGUUGAGGAAUGUCGGGCCAAGCGUUUCUCAGCAGCAGGUCGCCCAGCAGCCUCACUCGCCUUCACCUCAGAGGCCCAUGGAAAGCCCAAGGACGGAAGUCACGCCGCCCACUCCCGAGCGAGCCACCCACGAUGCAGAAAACAAUAUCAACGGAGGUCGAGACGACGAAAGUGAAGGCGCGCCACCAACUCCGCCGCCCAAAUCCCCAGCUAAGGUCCCGAGCGACUCGAAUCAAUCCUCGGAGGAGUCGGUUCAAGACAAGGACACCGAGCCUGAUGAUGAAGAGGAGGAGGACGAGGACGAAGACGGGGAUGCAAAGCAGAGCCAGAAGGGAAAGGACCAAACGGACGCUAAUUCCGAGUCCAAGUCUCCGGAACGGAAGCUACCGCAGAGAUCGAAGUCUGACCUCAGCCCGUCCAGAGAGAUCGAUACGUUCGACGAAGUAUCUCUAUGA